CGGCUCUUCUUUAUUAAUCCAGAAUUUUCCAUUGCUAAUAAAGUUCUUCAACAUCAUUUCUGGAAUGUCAUACACGUCUUUUUGCAUAAAUUGUACUUUUACUUUGUCCAUUUAACGUUUUAUCGCGGUUUUACAUCCUGGGUUUUAUUAUUCUUCAGAUUGUAAUCUUAGGAUACUAACAGAUACUAACUGUUCAUUAUACCCAAAGAGCGUUUUGUGUAUAUUGCAAGUUAAACUAUACUGCAUUAAAAAGUUUCUGUUCUUGUUAACGAUAAUUGUGUCUAUAAGAAAUAUAAACACUGUCACUUACUAAAGUGUAUUUUUCUUAUCAUUAAUGCUGUAUUAAAAAGCUUUAAUUAUAGGAAAAUUAUAAGAAACGUUAUUUCUAGGACAUACCACAUGUCUUUCAUAAAUAGCAUGUCCCAUCCACAUCUCUGAUGCUUUCAGUUUGAGAGAAACAGAAAAAUAUGGCAAACUGGAAUAAAAAACGACGUUUGGCCUAUGAGCCUGUUAUAGCAGCGGAAUAUACUUCAUUCACAGACAAAGAUAUGUUUUGUUGGGGUAGUACUAUACACGGGGAAUUGGGUUUGGGUGGUAUAGAAGAUGAAAAUAUUUUAGUUCCCCGUGAGGUUGAUUUUAAAAAAGCCACAGAAAUUGAACAAAUUGCAUGUGGUGAAAACUACACUGUAGUUAUUACUCAAGACGGUGAAGUAUAUUCAUGUGGGAACAAUGAUUAUGGACAACUUGGGCAUGAAAAAGGAAGAAAAAGAUUACAAUUGAUACCUGGAUUAGAUGCAUUUGUAUUUAAAAAAAUAGCCUGUGGAGCACGUCACACAUUAGCAGUAAAUGAAUGGGGCCAACUGUUUAGUUGGGGAUCUAACGCGGAAGGUCAACUUGGUUUAAAUUCCAAGAAUUUAAUUGAACCUGUUCCACGUAUGGUGAAAACAUUAGGAACAAGUAUAGUUGUACAAGUAGCCUGUGGUAUGAGCCAUGUACUUGCAUUAACAAACGAUGGAAAAUUAUACAGUUGGGGUUCAAAUAGCGAGGGACAGCUCGGAUUAGGUACCGACGUUAGAAACGAAAUAAAGCCUAAACUUAUCAGCUGUUUAGCUGGUGUUCCUAUUUCUUUGAUUGCCUGUGGGGGGUACCACAGCUUGGCUAUAUCAAAAUCAGGGGCUGUAUUUGGCUGGGGAAAGAAUACAUUCGGCCAGUUAGGAUUAAAUGACACACGAAGUAGAAAUUUACCAUGUCAAUUACAAACUCUACAAAAUGCAAGGGUAUGUUACGCUGCUUGUGGCGAAGAGUUUUCUGUCUUCUUGACAGUGGACGGUGGAGUAUUCACCUGUGGUGCUGGUAUGUACGGCCAGUUGGGACAUGGAAGCAAUACCAAUGAAAUCUUACCACGUCAAGUUAUGGAACUUAUGGGCAGCACAGUUACACAGAUUUCAUGCGGUAAAAGACAUACCUUGGGACUGGUACCAUCACGAGGUAGAGUUUAUGCAUGGGGUUUAGGUGGUGCAGGACAACUAGGUAAUAGCGUUACACGAAGUGUACCAGUUCCUCAAGUGGUACAUGGUCCAUGGGUUUCGCCAAAUGGUUCCUCAAUGAUGGAUCUUGACGGCCUCAAUUCCUACAAAAUAAACUAUGUUGUCAAGCAUAUUUUCACUGGCGGAGAUCAUUGUUUCGCCACAGUGGUUCCACGAGAUACAAACAUAGAACCGGACGAUUGUAGAAUAUUACAGCCAUCUUCUCAGAUCCUUGUAAUAACCGAAGAAGAACUGAUGGCGUGUCAACGAGUUCCUCCAAAUUCACCUGUUGAUCAUGAACUUAUGACGUAUUUAGAGACGGUAUUUAAAAGCGAGUCCUGUGUGACUGGAUCAUUUUUACUUAAUAAAGAUGCCCAUUACGGAUGCACAAAGAAGCAUCAUGGAGUGGAUCUCGAUGACGCAAGUCGGCUAUUCGGGAUUAUUAGAGAAUUGGUUAACGAAACCAUUCAGGAAUUGAUAUUUACCUGCAUAACAGAGAGCUUAAUCCCUUCUUUUACCUCAUCUAAUUAUUUCACGUUGAAGGCUGUCUGUCCAGAAGCUUUAAGAAUUUACUUGAUAUUACCGUUGUAUCAUGGUUUUGCGAAUCCUCUUAAUUGCACCGUUUUGCAUACACCGUUUUGCAAAGCUGUCCUAUCGUUGAAACCAGAGAUCCUUGAAAUUAUAACAAGUUGGUGGUUAGGAGCUUCUACGCAUUAUUUUGAAAGAUUAGUUAGAAUUCAUAAAUUUAUUGUUUUACAUUACGUGAAGUCUAAAAUAAACAAGGAAGUAAUAUGGGAUGAUACGUUACAAGUUGUUUUAGACUUAUUACACUUAUUAAAUAAAUUAAAUAACGAAGGCGAUGCCGGGAACAAAGUACCUUAUUCCACGUUUCACGUGCCAGAAUUAAUAGAAUAUAUAGACAUUAGAGGUGAUUACAUCAAGUGGACUUUAGGACCUUCUUCUUAUCGCAGAGUCUUCUGCCAUUACCCCUUUCUUCUCGAUGCCCAAGCCAAAACCAUUUUACUUGAAACGGACCAAGCUAUUCAGAUGCAAUCAGCGAUGAACGAGGCUGCAACCCGGGCUGUAAUGAAUCAAAUGUUCUUUGACCCAUUCUCCGUCGAUUCACGGCAACAUAAUCAAUUUGUGAUGUUAAAUGUUUCAAGAGAAAAUAUAGUUGCUGAUACAUUGAUGGAAUUGUCUCAUUACGACUCCAGUGACCUGAAGAAACCUCUUCGAGUAAAAUUUCACGGCGAGGAAGCAGAAGAUGCAGGUGGAGUUAAAAAAGAAUUUUUCAUGCUUCUGUUGAAAGAAAUCCUUGAUCCCAAGUAUGGAAUGUUUAAACAAUAUGAGGAGUCUAGAAUUAUUUGGUUCAGCGAAGACUCUUUGGAAGAUGAAAACAUGUACUUCUUAAUUGGAAUUCUCUGCGGACUUGUCAUUUACAAUUUUAUCAUCAUUGACUUACCAUUUCCAUUAGCCCUGUAUAAAAAAUUGUUACACGAACCAGUUGGACUGAAUGACAUCAAAGAAAUGUCGCCGUUACUUGCUAAGAGUAUGCAAAAUAUACUUGACUAUGAAGAUGAAGAUUUUGAGGAAAUAUUUUGCUUACACUUUGAGGUGGUUAGAGAGGUAUUCGGUGAAAAGAGAAUAUUUGAACUUAUACCAGGCGGUAGCAAAGUUCCUGUUACAUUAAAUAAUAAAAAACAGUUUGUUGAUUUAUACGUAGAUUAUAUAUUAAAUAAAUCCGUGGAACCACAUUUUGACAAAUUUCAUAAAGGUUUCCACAAAGUCUGUGGUGGAAGGGUGUUGGAGUUAUUUCACAGUCAUGAACUUAUGGCUGUGGUGGUAGGGAACGAGGAUUACGAUUGGGAGGAAUUGGAAAAGAAUGCUACUUAUAAAGAAGGAUACACAAAGAGUGAUCCAACUAUUAUAAUGUUCUGGCAGGUGUUUCGUGAACUUACAUUGGAAGAAAAGAAAAAGUUUUUACUAUUUUUGACGGGAAGCGAUAGAAUACCUAUCCAGGGUAUGCAAGCAAUCAAGAUUACAAUACAACCAAUGCACGACGAGCGUCUAUUACCCGUUGCUCAUACAUGUUUUAAUUUACUUGAUCUGCCACGCUAUCAAACCCGAGAAAGAUUGCGAUACAAGUUACUGCAAGCUAUUCAACAAACCCAUGGUUUUUCAUUAGUAUAAUUUUAUCAUUUUAGCUUUGCAACGCGUGCAUGAUCGAUUCUUUAUUGAUUGAAAAUUUAGCAAGAUUUAAAUAAAAUCCGGGCAUUUUAUAGAAACUUUAUUAUAUCCGAUGUUAAACGAAUUUAUAUUAUCGUUAUUCUAUUUUUCUAAUAUUGUAUUUGAUUGAUUCUGUGCGAUCGAGUGUUAACACGGUUGUAAAUAUGAGGUUUAUACCACUGCUAUACUGUGUGCUGAUGUGAAAAAAUGAACACUGAAUUGUAUUAUGCACGUUAAUCUGAUAAAGCUUUCCUUACAAAAGUGCUAUUUUGAACGCAGUUUUUAAAAUUUCAAUUUUAUAGAUCUGUUAAUGAUUUAUUUAAAAUAAAAUAGUGUUUACAAUUAUUACAGUACACUUGAAUUCCGGAAACAAGACGAACUCAGGGAACAUUGUUAGCAAAUAAAUUAUAAUCAAAUGUAAUAUUCCUCGGUAGGUUAACAAAUGUGAUUAAAUUGUUUUAAUGUAUAGUGUUUUAACAAGAAAAUGAUUACUUCAUAAACGCGAGUGUAGAAAAAAAAAAUGAACGAUAAUAGUUGCUAAUUUGCAUUUAUUUAAAUAACUUAUUAUAUUUCUGAUUCCCAACAGCAAGUUUAUGAAUAAAUAAAAAAUAUAAUUUAUUGUA